AUGGAGGCAGAAUACGUGAUAAAACCAGAAAAGAAGACACCACAAAUAGAUACAUCAAAGUGGCCUUUACUUUUAAAAAAUUACGAUAAACUAAAUGUCAGAACGGGACAUUAUACACCCAUACCGAUGGGCUGUUCACCUCUUAAGCGUGAUCUGACAGAAUACAUUAGGCAUGGAUUUUAA